AUGCCAAUUUCUUUGCUUCAACACCUUUUUCUCAUCUCUUUAACUUCAAUAAUUAUUUGCCUAACAAAUUUUGGUCAUGCUCAUGCAUACAAUCUAUGCAAAGAUGACCAGAAAACAUUGUUACUUGAGCUGAAGAAAGACUUGAAAUUCAAUUCUUCUGUUUCAAGAAAACUAGUGCGAUGGAAUGAGAGCGACGAUUGUUGCGAGUGGGAAGGUGUGGGAUGCGACGCUGCAGGCCAUGUUGUGAGUCUGCAACUCGACAACGAAGGCAUUUCAGGUGGAAUUGGGAAUUCAUCAAGUCUUGUAAGUCUUGAGUAUCUUACAACUCUAUAUCUCUCUCGCAACAACCUGUCAGUUGAUGCAAGCAGCACUAGUUCAAAUUGGUCUACACUUUCCCAACUAAAGAAGUUGAGCCUAUCUUCUUGUAACCUGCAAAGAUUUCCUGAUUUUCUAAAACAAUCCAACUUGAACUUUUUGGACCUCUCACACAACCAAAUAACAGGGGAAGUACCUAGUUGGAUUUGGGAAAUUGGAAGUGGAGAUCUUUAUCAUUUGAAUCUUUCUUAUAAUGUCUUGAUUGAUCUGCAAAAGCCUUACCACAUACCCAACUCUCUUGCGGAGCUGGAUUUACAUUCAAACCAGCUCCGGGGUGAGUUGCCCCUGCUCCCACAAGGCGCCUCCUACGUAGAUUUAUCUGACAACAUAUUUGACAAGCACAUUCCUCUCAACUUUGUAAGCUUCAACUUCUUUCUGAUUUUCUUAUCCAUUGCAAAUAACAGCAUAAGUGGAUCAAUUCCAACUUGCAUUUGUAGUGCUGAAUCCAUUCAAGUUCUCGACUUGUCACUCAAUAACUUGAGUGGUAGUAUACCUCCGUGCCUUGUGGAAAGGAUUACCAAUCUUCAAAUGUUGAGUCUUGGGAUAAACAACAUAAGUGGUGAAAUCCCAGAUAAAUUUCCCACCAAUUGUGGCAUGAGGAUCUUGUAUCUCAACAGCAACAACUUAGGAGGGAAUUUUCCAAAGUCGCUAGCAAAUUGCAAAUCAUUGUGGUGGGUGAAUGUGUUGGUCAAAAGUUGCGGCUGCAACAUUCAAAUUUGGCAGCAAUGUUUUUUCAACAAUUGCUGCCACCUACCACCUCUCAUCCCCUAUAAAAUGAUCCUCGCAGCAGCAUCCUAA